AUGGAAAAUCGUGAACAAUUAAAAUUAGAAAAAAGACAAACAGAAGAAGAACGAAAUGCUAAAGAGGUACUUGAUCAAGCACUAGAUAUUACACAAAUGGAUUUAGUUGAAGCAAGAAAUUUAUGCGAAGCAUUACGUGUCGAAAAUCACGACUAUAAAAAUACAUAUGAACGAAUGAGGAAAGAACAUUCAGAAAAAAUGGCUGAUUUAUGUCAACGAGAAGAAGAAGCAAAAAAACAAGUUGCAACAUGGGAACAGAUGUAUCGAGAAUGGAUGGCAACAAUGGAACGCAGAGUUAAUAAUUUACAAGUCACUAAUGAAGAACUUUCAACAUGGCUACAUGAUGAAAACGAAAUAAGUCCUCAUCGUCGUACAGAUGGUGGUGCUGGUGCUGCUGGUGGUGGUAAUCAACGUCGAUAA